AUGCUCGUUAUUAUCUUAGAGUAAGUUUGUAUUCAAGAUAGAGCUAGUUGUUUAGUAAUGAUAAAGCUAGGGCUUGUGUUAGAGCUAAGACUAAGGCUAGAACUAGGAUUAGGGCUCUGGGGUAGGGCUAAUACUUAGGUUAGAGCUAACGCUAAGGUUAUGAUCAGUGUUCCCACGGGCUCCGGAGCCGAAAAUUGUCAAUUGUAGUGCAAAAGACCCGGCUCCGGAGCUGGAACCGGAGCUGGAAAUUUGGGAACUCUGGUUAUGAUUAAGCCUAAGGUUAUGGUUAUGACUAAGGCUAGGACUAAGGUUAAUUCUAAGACUAAGACUAAGGCUAACGUCAGAGUUAUUUAGAUUUUAAAGUCUUGAGUUUAGGUUUUACUGUAAUAAUGAUAUAUUUUGUAGAUUACGGUACAAGUUCAACUUUAAAUUUGUUGAGUUAGCCCAACACUUUCGGACGGCAAAACCGUCGCUUGAAGAAAUUACUAUUAUUUUACUUAUUACUUUUUGUUAUCAUUGUAAGUUUAAUCAUUAAACCUACCCUACCCUACCUUACCCUACUGCUAUCUCUUUUCUAUUCCUAUUCUUUGCCUUGGCCUCAGGAUUUUAAUUUUUUUGAUUUUUAAAAUUACAUUUUUAAAAAUGUACAGAUGAAGAUGUUAUUGGAAUAUGUCCAGAGCUUGACAAGUACAAAGACCGAGUGUUGAGAGAAUGGUCAGAAGAUUUAAGGGCACGUUACAAGGAAGAUUCCUACUCGAAGAUGAUCGAAUUGACUAUGUUAUCCAAAAAAUGUUCUGUAAGGUUUCUUGAGCGAUUUGUUAUACAGGAGUUAAGACUAGGGCUAAAGCUACGGCUAAGCAUAAGGCUGUGACUAGGGUUUGGAUAGAGCUAGGGUUAGGGUUAGAAGUAGGGUUUGGGUUGAAGCUAGAGCUAAAGCUAGGGCUAGAGUUAGGGCUAAGGCUAGCUUUAGGGCUAGGGAUAAAUCUAAGACUCUGGACUACAGCCCUUGAAACUGAAAAAAGUCAUGUUUGGCACAUUUCAGGACGUAAAUAAGUUUUCCACAACCUUUCUUGUUUACAUUGACACGAUGGCUAUGACAACUGAUAAGUUGAAAUGUAAGUUGUGGGCAAUGCUGGGCGGGCGAUUUAUAGAACAUCAGGCUUUUGUAGAUGAUAAUGUUAACAUUUUAAUGAACUUUAAAAAUAAGAACCACUUUUAGUUAACGACGAUACAAUACAAUAA